AUGGAUUUCCUGAUAUGCGCCGCGUCCAGCAGAUUCUCUCAGCUCUUGCCACCCGAGAGGCUGGCAUUUUCAAAAAGCGUAAGGAAGUCCAAGACCGCCAGGCAGCUAACAGGGCUCGACGUGAAGCUCAUAACAAUGCCAACAAACGCCAGCGAACCGACGAAAAUGGCCUUUCAGCCCCAGGGUUCAAGCGAGCAAAGGAGACAACAGACACCUACACAAGUGCAGGCAUUGUAUUCUUUGAUCCUAAGCAGGCCCAGUCAAAGGAGGUACGCGAUGUUCACAAGGACAUUAUGCAUACUCGGGAUUCCCAAGCCAACAAAAGCGCGGCUGCCAAGCUCAAGGAGCUGA